AUGCCUACACCUGAGGAUGAAUUAUAUGACGCGUGGGAGCGAUGUAAUGUCAUGGUGAUCUCAUGGAUCACCAGAUCUGUCUCAGCACAAAUUGCUCAAAGCACUAUCUAUAUAGAUAAUGCGCAGGAAUUGUGGCAGGAUCUGAAGGAUCGCUUUUCGAAAGGGGAUUAUUUCAGAACCUUCGACUUACUACAAGAAAUUCACUCGAUCAGGCAGGGAGAUCGCAACAUCUCCAGCUUUUUCACUGAUUUAAAAAUCUUAUGGGAGGAGCUGGAAUCUCUUAGGCCUAUUCCUUCUUGCUUGUGUCAAGUGAAAUGUUUGAAUGAUCAAUUUGCUACCAUUAAAGCACAAGUUUUAUUAAUGGAACCUCUACCUACUAUUAACAAAGUUUUCUCACUUAUUCUUCAACAAGAGAGACAACUCACUGGAACCACUGCGAUUGACUCCAACGUACUGAUGAAUAUUAGCAGUAGUAAUAGACCUAUGACAGGUUCACCUAGCAAUGCUAACCAAAAUUUCAAGAGUGCUCAGUCAAGGGGCACUUUCUCUAACAAUAGAGGAAGUAACAUGAGAGGUAGAGGCAAUUCCAGAGGUGGUUCUGUUAAGCCUAAGAUUUGCACCUUCUGUUGUAGAGAAAGGCACACAGAAGACACAUGCUACUUCAAGCACGAUUUCCCCCCUGAUUUUGUGUUCAACAAGCCCAGAAAUGUCAAUGCAAAGGUUAACAGUGCAGUCACUAAUGAUGUUGAGGAAGUCAAUGAUUGUGCAGAAGAAAAUGAAGAAGUAAAUGCUAAUUCUAAUUCAGAUCCCACUCAAGCACCUAGUUACAGCUUCAGCCCAGAACAAUAUGCACAGAUAACUGCAUUGCUCAACAAAUUGAACACUAAUCAGGAACAUCAUAGUGCAAAUCAGAUUCAUGGAGAAACUCAGAUGCAUAAGAAUUCAGGUACUCUGUCUUGGAUAUUGGACACUGGUGCUACAGAUCAUGUUUGUCAAUCCUUAACCUAUUUUGAUGCUUUCACUGCAAUCAGGCCUAUUCAGAUUAAGCUACCAAAUGGCUCUGUUGUGCUUGCUAAGUUCUGA